GAGAGAGAGAGAGAGAGAGAGAGAGAGAGAGAGAGAGAGAGAGAGAGAGAGAGAUGGGUAAUUCUGACGAAGGUGAUUGUCUUCCUGCUCCAUCUUCUUCAGACGAACUUUCGAGCAUUCUCCGGCAGGUACUUUCCCGUAGUUCGACAGCUCAACCUUCUUUCUCACCGAAGAAAAUGGUUUCCUCCGCUGAGAUGUUCAACCGAACCUUCACCCUCGUUCCCGGCGGAGCGGUUUCUUACGCCGCUUGUGCGGGCCCUGAAACUAGGUAAGGCAAAUGUGCUUUCGAAAACAAGGCUUUAGCUGCUUUGAAUGGUGUAGGCCUACAUCCUCUGCGAUUACCACCAACUCGACUGCCUACGCAGACAAGGAUCACUGGGACCUUAGAACAAGAGCUGAACCUUGAGAUUCUGUUUGGUGGUUCUCACUCGAUGGUUAACCGUGAACCACCCGUAGCAACUCAGGAAAUGUUCUUUUCCACAACCACUCUGCUUUGAAGAC